UUGGAAAUGUUCUCCUGGGUCUGCAGCUGCUAUCAGACACACUGAGCUGAGAGCCGAGCACACACGCGCAGGACACGCAGGACUCCCUCUCACACACGGACUACUUCAUAUUUCAGAGUAACAAUAACAAUCGUUUAUUAUCAGAAUUCAACAUCAUGGCUCAGGCAAAAAUACAGGCGAAAAUGAACGAACCCCCGAGCAGCAAGUUCAGCAGGACGCUGUCCAUGGCUGAUCGCUCCGGAAGACUGCUGGAAAGUUUGGAUCUGCUGGAAAUGAGGGUGGAGACUUUACGUGAAACAGCCUCAGCCAUGGAGCAGGAAAGAGAGAGCAUCCUGGAAAUGAUUCAGUCCUUACAGAACAGCCAAGAGAUGCGGAACAUCUGCGCCGGGGAGAGAGAGGAGUUAGAUUUAACUGCAAAUCGUAUUAUGGGCCGAACACUGUCGGUGGAGAUCUCUAUUGGUACAACCAGAAACUCCCAGCAGGAGGAGGCACUGCAGAAGGCCACGUCGAUCAUCGAUGAAAUAGUGAAAAAGCUACUGGACGACAUGAGGAGCAGCCGACAGCAGCUGAUGGCUCUGCACGCAGCCUGCGUGACGGAGGCACCGCCUGUCCCCAUUGACCAAAAGUUUCAGGCCAUCGUGAUCGGCUGUGCCCUGGAGGACCAGAAGAAGAUCAAGCGCAGGCUGGAGACCUUGCUAAGGAACAUUGAAAACUCUGAGAAGAACAUCAAGAUUAUGGAUCACCAGAAAUUGGAGGUCCCGCAAGAAAAUGGCAGUCAAUAAUCUUGUCAUUAAAACACAGAGAGUGCGUCUUCAAUGCCACUUCGCUCAGCAACAACUGUUGUAGCCUGUACUCACAUUUAAACGACUACACGUGGAGCACAAAGAUCGGUUUCUACGACAACAGCAGCAGUUAAUAUGGCACAUUACGCUGACACUUAGGGCCAAAAAUACAGUAAAGCACGCGUGAACAGACACUACCACGCUCCCUUAAGGAAUUUGAUUGUUUUUAUAAUUAUUAAUAAGUAGUUUUUUUUAACACUUAAUAGAUUGAUUUAUUAUGCUUUUUAAUCAGCAUUGUAAUACACUGAAUGUUUGUUCAUUAUAUUGGAAAAUCCGGCGCCAAUUAUCAAUUAUAUCAGUAGAUACCAAAGGUGAUAGAGCAGUCUGGUGUAUGAACAGCAAAUACAGAUGAAAAUAAAUAGAUAAACAUUAUCAGACAUAUUUAGGGUUCUGAGAUGUGCAAUCACUACCUCUUAGGGCAGCACACACCAUAUGAAGCUGUGGAUUUUAUGAUUCUAUUUGCACAAACGUGUUAUUUUAAUGUUGGCUUGUAUCAAAAAACGGCAAAUAAAACAUGAACUCAACAA